CACUUCUUUGUUUUGUUUAUUGUUUACCGUGUUACCACUGACGUGAAUCCCAGGGGGUAUAACAUUGGGUACUUUCACAGCCCACCUAUUGAACCACGUCUUGUUAUCACACCGUUGCACUAACACUCUACUUUGGUUACCCCUCUUAACUUUCACUUCGACUAGUCCAUUGCUCGAGCCCAUUUUUGUUGAUUCAGCCUUGUUGCAAUCUCCAGCCCGCACCCGUUCCAGACUUUGAAUUCAAGAACCAUCUCUCCCAAACGACUUGAAUCCCUGCUGUACGCCCUGACUUCUGCCUGCUACUUCAUCCACGUCCUAUAAAUACAUUGUCUGGCUUACAGCAUCCACACCGUCAUGCCGAUCGUUCCACGAAGAAGCAGAAGACGAGCCGUCAAGACCAGUGGUCGCUGGACGGAAGACGAGAGACAGCAUUUGUGGUUUUUGCGAUCUCAGCAUUCUACGCUACCGUGGGGGAGGUUUCACGAGCAAUUCUUUCCGAAUAGGAGUCUUAAUGCUCUUCAGAAGGCUUAUUCGAUCAUGAGUCUGGAAAAGAAAAAAUCAGACAUGACCGAUACACCCAAGAUACAUGGAAGAGUGGUUAAGCGCCCAUUGUCUGACACCCAGGAUGACCAGCCGUGGAAGCAGACCAAAAGAACCACCGAUAUUCCUUUUGAGAAGAGUCUCGUGGAAGAAACAGAUGACAGUGCAUCAUCGGAUGAUGAAUCCUCUAGCUCGGGUUCAGAGAGUGAUUCCGAUGAGGAAACGCCUCAGGAACCGACGACCAGUCACCGAGAAAAAAGUACUCCUGCAAUCGAGACCGCUCCUGGUGAAGAGGCCGCAAACAAUGAUGUCCAUCAAGAGGAAGAAACUACUGAUCCCAAAUCCCCCAAGGUGGCCCCAACAAAAGUAGUCCCUGCUGCAAGUCCAACCAUUGAGAACCCAAAGCCUCUCGGUGUAGUGAGAACAGAGCAAAAGAUCAACCCGAGUGACAACCACAGCACUUCUAGCAAGGUAUCCAGCCACGCACUCCCACCACCACCAGUAUGGGUGCAAAUCAUGAACUCGGCGACUCGGGACUACAGGAUUAUGGAUUUCAAGAUUCGGGACGCAGAGAGAGUGGCAUCUGCUUUACAGGAGGAGGUCGACACCCUCAAACAGCUAAACGAGGGUAAAGAGGACAAAAUCGCGGCUCUGCAAGAAGACGUUAGAAAACACCUCCAAACAAUCCGUCGCCUCCAACAAGAUGAGAACAGACAUACCGAUGAGAUGACUCAGCAACGGUCCGCGAACCAGAUACUAUCGGAUCAGAUCGAUGUUCUGGAAAAGAAGCUGAUUAUCGCUCGGAGUCAAAACAAGUGUGAAACGUGUGCGAGAGUUAGAGAGUUGACUUCGCGGAUGAGUUGAUUCCUAAUUAUGAUCAUGGCUGCUUGUUUUCUUUUUGUAAUUGAUUUGAACAUCGUCGGCGUUGUCGGUCAAGCUCUGGAGCUUGUGUCUGACAGGUCCACGGCUUUGCAAUACACGCAGUAUGAAGGGGAUCGCGAAGCGAAGCAUACUAGUACUGCAUAAACAUACACAUAAUCUUAUCAACCAGCUCCAAGCCUGCUAUGUCCAC